AUGGCCGACGUUUUUGCCAAACUCCAGGACAAGUCCUUGCUGAUAUCCACCGGUCUUGUUGCUGGCAACUGGAAGAACGGUCAGGAUGGCAAAACCUUCCCAGUUUACGAGCCUUCCAGCGCGACAGUUCUCCAAGAUAUUGCCAACCUUGGUCAACAGGAUUUCAUCGACGCCAUUGAGAGUGCCAAGGCUGGAACCGCCAAGUUCCACGAGUCAACCACAGCAAAAGAGCGAGGCGCUCUGCUGCGCAAGUGGUAUGACCUGGUAAUUGCUAACGCCGAUGACCUGGCUUUAAUUCUUUCGCUAGAGAAUGGAAAGACCUACGCUGAGGCUAGAGGAGAGGUGAUCUACGCGGCAUCCUUCAUCUCAUGGUUUGCCGAGGAGGCGACUCGCUCAUACGGCGAUACCAUUCCUUCAUCAUACGCCAACACUACGGUCUUGACAUUCAAGGAGCCCGUUGGUGUCUGCGGCAUCAUCACCCCCUGGAACUUCCCAGCCGCCAUGAUCACCCGCAAGAUCGCACCGGCGUUCGCUGCAGGAUGCUCAGUCAUCAUCAAGCCGCCAAGCGAAACCCCCUUCAGCGCCCUUGCGCUUGCGAAACUGGCACUGGCUGCGGGAAUCCCUUCGGACUGCAUUCACGUGGUGCCCACCAAGGAUAGAGAGGCUUCCAUGGAGUUGGCAAACAACCCUAUUGUGAAGAAGCUCAGCUUCACGGGCUCCACAGGAGUCGGCAAGAUGUUGACCAAGGCUGCGGCGGGCACUAUGAAGCGUGUCAGCAUGGAGCUGGGCGGUAAUGCUCCCUUUAUCGUAUUUGACGAUGCCGACAUCGACCAGGCCGUGGAGGGUGCUCUCAUUUGCAAGUUCCGUUGUUCAGGCCAGACAUGUGUGUGCGCCAACAGACUACUUGUUCACGAAAAGGUUCAGGAAGAGUUCAUCGAGAAGCUUGUUGCUCGCGUCAAGCAGUACAAGCUCGGUCGCGGCAUCGACGACGGAGUCACCCAAGGUCCCCUCGUCAAUGCCGCCGCGGUCAAGAAGGUCGAUGCACAUGUCCAAGAUGCGCUGAAGAAGGGUGCGAAACUCCACACAGGUGGCAAAGCCCCGGAAGGCCUCAAGGGCUACUUCUACGAACCUACCGUGAUCAGCGGCGUCACGACCGAGAUGGAGGUCGCGCACGACGAGACUUUCGGCCCCCUGGCCGCCAUCUUCUCCUUCAAGACGGAGGCUGAGGCUGUUGAGCUGGCCAAUGCUACGGAAUACGGCCUUGCCGGGUACUUCUUCAGCAAAGACAUCUCUCGCGUGAUGCGCGUGGCCAGGAGGCUCGAGUGUGGUAUGCUGGGAGUCAACACCGGUCUCAUCUCUGCCGCUGAGGCUCCCUUCGGUGGCGUGAAGGAGAGCGGAUUGGGCAGAGAAGGCUCGAAGUACGGACUGGCCGAAUACCAGAACAUCAAGUCAGUCACCAUUGGCAACUUGGGAUUCAACUGA